AUGUCAGCUGAACCCCUUUCAUCUUCACAUGUAGUUCCUUCCACCGAAAUCGUACCGGUCAAUGACUCCAAUCCCCAUCCUUCUUCCGUCAGCAAUUUUACAGAAAUCACGACAGCCCCAAAUCAAAUCGUCAAUAAAGCAAACUCCAAACCAAUUCCAUCAGAUCAAAGCUCCGAACCAAAACCAAGUGACAACAAAAAGGUGAACGUUCAAGCCAACGGCACAAAUGAGCAUAAUGAAGUUGAGGUGCUUCGCAACUGGAUCGAUUCAGAUCUCAAAUUCAUCGAAAAGACCUCCAAUACGAUCAACAAUUACAAAGAUCAAAUCGAGGAGGUUUCGAGUAAGUUCAAGGAGAUUAAAGAAACCGGAAGUCGGGAUGACUUUCGCGCCCUCAAGAAGAUGGUGACGAAAUUGAAGCAGCAGAUCUCUUCCAAGAACAAAGAUGAGUCCACGCGCUCCAAUGCAAAAGUCAAACUUGGCAAUGACAACAAGUCGCUCGACAAAAUGCCCAAGUUGUACGAGGAGCCAUUGUUCGAGUGUAGCCCGGCAUUUCAAGAUUUUCAGCUACUUUAUAAUAGCCUCGAAACGGAAUUGAAGCUGUGUUUAUUGUGUUUUUCAGUGUUCCCGGAAGAUGCUGUCAUAAAGAAGAGGCUUAUGGUCUAUUGGUGGAUUGGAGAGGGUUUUAUACCGCCAAUUCCAGUGAUUGGGCCAGCUCCGAAGACUGAAACCGCGGAGGAGUUGGGCAAUGAGUUCUUCAACGAGCUUAUGGUGAAGGGCUUCAUCGAGCCGUACUAUGAAAAGCGCAGCCUGGAAGUGCACAGCUGCAAGAUGCAUCCUUUUGUUCGUUCUGCAGUAAUUAUGCUCGCCAAGAAGGCCAAGUUCUUUGAUUUUGAUGAAAAGGGGAAUGUCACUGGGAAAUUCUCCAAUUCUCUCCGGGCAUGCUUAGCGGGUGAAGGGUUGAUAGAGAUUCAGAAUUUGGAGCCCCUUCAUAUGGUGUUCAAUGUUAAUGAGCCUUCGGUUGAAUUCAAGCUUGAAUGGUUUCUGAAGAUGAUAAAUGUCAAUGUUCUUUAUUUGGGAAGGUGGCAGGCCUCAGCCACACAUCACAUUGAAGUUGAUGAUCUUAAAUUUUUGGAAGGGUUGAUGAAGAUGAAGCACUUGAGACUUUUUAGCCUUCAAGGAGUUUCUAGAAUUACAGAGCUUCCCAAGUCCAUUUCAAGGCUUGGGAAUCUGACGAUCCUUGAUCUCAGAGCCUGUCAUAGUCUUGAAGUACUUCCAGAUGGAAUUGGCUCGCUCAAGAGUUUGACACACUUGGACAUGUCUGAGUGUUACUUGCUAGAUCAGAUGCCAAAGGGGCUUGCAUCACUCUCCCAACUCCAAGUUCUCAAGGGAUUCUUUGUUGGAAAGUCCAAGGGCAAAAGUUCCUGUACUCUUGACGACUUGGCAAAAUUGCGUAAGCUGAAAAAAUUGAGUGUUUACACAGGUCUGAAGCACUUCCCAGCAGAGGCAGAUCUUUUUGCUUUUCAACACUUUGAAGGGCUAUGCAAGCUGACAAUAGCAUGGGGUCGGGGCUCUUUAGAAGAUGAAACGGAUAAAAGUGGUAAGCAAGCUAAAGAUGCUGGAAAAUCAACGGCACCAAACAACACGAACCAAGAAAAUAAAGGCUGUUCACAAGCUAAAGAAGACAAGACGGCUGAGCAAGCGAAAGAUGCUGGAAAAUCAACAGCACCAGACAAGAUGAACCCAGAUAAUAAAGGCUCUUCACAAGCCAAAGAAGACAAGAAGGCGAAGCAGGAGAGUGGUGCCUCGAAGACGAGAGCUGCAGACACCCUGACUGAAGAGAAGAAAGGAGGUAUCACAAAGAAAGGCGAUAGUACAGCCGCAGAAGCAACAGCAGCUUCUGAUAAACCAACGCUUUUUCGCCCAGCUAUCAAAAGAUCACAUGCCUUUAAGCAUAAGGCCUUUAAGCUUCCGACACUUCCUUCACAGCUCAAAAAACUGGAUCUUCAGUGUUACCCUAUGAAUAUUUCACCCAGUUGGCUGAUGCCUGCCAAUCUGAAGGGCCUAGAGAAACUCUACAUCAGGGGAGGGAAAUUUUCUGACCUGGGUCAAUUUCAGGACAAGGGGGGAAUAGUCAUGCCAGAACAACACAAGUGGAAUGUUGAGGUAUUGCGUCUCAAAUACUUGAAUGAAUUAGAGAUGGAUUGGAGAGAACUGCGGGAGUUAUUUCCAAAAUUGAUUUUCUUGGAGAAAGUAAAAUGCCCCAAACUUGCUUUCUUCCCAUGUGAUGAGAAGGGAGUGUGGAUUAACAGAGCAAAGAAAUGA